UCCGUCUUCUGCUCAUUGACGACAGAGGAAAGGCAUCUUUCAACACAUGGUUCCUCCUUCACUUCUCACAGAGAUGAGAGGAGCAGCUAUGAGUUUAACUGCAGCAGCGAGUGGAUUAGUUGUCUUCCUGCUCUCUGUGUCAGUGGUUCAGGGUCAGAAUGACUGGGGAGGGAAUUACACUUCUUCUGAGGUCUAUGCUGUGAAAGGAUCAACAGUGGAGAUAAACUGCACCUACACAUAUCCAUCCAGAAUAAAAGGCAGUCAAAAUAAAGUAAAUAAAACAUUCUGGUUCAUUGAGAACAGUGAUGGUGAACCUGUAGAUAUGACCACAGUCUCAGAGUAUGCAGGUCGUGUAGAGGAUCGCUGUGAAAACAACAUCUGCACUCUGAGAAUCAAAAACCUGACAGAGAGCGACUCAGCUGAGUACAAGUUCAGGAUCAUAACAACCCUAGAUAAAUAUGCUGCUGCACCUGGAGUCACUUUGUUUGUCUGUUUGUCAGUCACAGGUCUCACGGUGCAGUUUGAACCCACACAUGCUAACCGGGCAGAGCUGAAGUGUCAGAGCAGUUGUCUUGUACCCUCUGGUCAUUAUGUCUGGUACGAGAACGGAGAGAAAUCUACGACUUCAAUAUAUUCUACUCAUUUAUUCACAUUAGGUUCUACAGACAGAUAUUCCUGUGCUCUGAAAGGACAUGAAGACUUCCCCUCUCAUGCAUACUCCACAGUACCCCUAGGAGUACUGAUAGACCCAUUUGAGAAUCACUGCUGUAUUACCUGUCUGUUCUCUGUUGAUCACUGUUUCUCAGGAUCAUGGAAGCUACCAGCUGCUGUAUCAAUCUCCGUUGUUCUCCUGGCUGUCAUUUCUCUCUCUGUCUUCCUGUGGAUCAGAAGAAAGAGGGCUUCUAGAGACUCGUCUGAGCCUGAAGAGAGAGCGGACAACAGGGAAGAGUGUGUACCUGAUCAGCCGGAGCAGCAGGAUGACCUUCAGUAUGCCACCGUUCACUUCUCCAACAACCGGGCAGACCCUCUUUACUCCAACAUGAGAGCAGCUCAGCCCCUCAGACACACAGAGCAACAGGAAGUCCCGGAGUACGCUCCUGUCAAGUUCAGCAGUGCUGCCCCGAGGCCCAGAGGGCAGGACUCUGGAGAGGAUCCAGCUGCAUUGUACAGCACGGUCAACAAAUCCCGAUAAAUACAGCAGGCAAAUAAUUUCCAUAGUUUUUUGAGUACAUUUCUCUCCAUUCUUCAUACAAAUAGAUCUUCACCAUGUUCCUCUUCUUGUCCCGACUGAAAUAACUCAACACCUACUCGGUUGAUUGCUGUAG